AUGCGCAUUCGUCUCAUUGGCCCUAGUGGGCACAAGUCGGACUACCACUGUGCCACGCUGCUUGGGAACUGGCAGGAGGAACGAAUGACAUUUGGGCUGAAGGAUCCUGCAAAGGGGCCGCUGGAAACCCAGACGACGUAUUUGGCGUCGUACAAGGGCAGCAAGGACGAGGAGGAACUCUUCGCUGCGAAGCCCCCUGGCUGUUUUUGCGCUGAGGCACCAGUGCAGCUUCUCUUUUACCACGGCGACAUUGCUGCGCCGCCGCAAAAUCAACUCACCGUACACGAGCUCAGUUACACCCAUCCGACAAUGGGCGCCACAGCGAACUCACUUAAAGCGAUCCUUGAUGAAGAAGGCAUAUCUCGGCGGCGGGACAGGACGGAGGCGCUGCGUCGUGCCAUGGGAUUCAGCGGGCGUGCGGCUACCGCUGGACCUCUGCCGUGUCUCGGAAGAAAUACGGUGGCGGCACCGUUGGCCUACAGCACAGAGUGUGCUGCAAAAAAAGACAGGGAAUAUGUGCAAACAACGCGUGGUGGACGAUAUCGACCACCAAAACUCCCGCCUAUUGGGCGUGUUCGGGAGAAGGAGCGGCUUCUGACCACCAAAAAUGUGACUUUGGAUGCAACAGGGGAAUACCUCAAGGAGAAUAUUGAUGAAUACCCCGCAACAAGUAGCGAGUGCUGGGGACAAUUUAUGGCGUACAAGGACGACCCAAUGCAGCGAACAAAGCUUCGUGAGGAGUACGAGUGCCCAUGA